CGGACCUUUUAAACGGUGCUUUAAUCUCCUCAGUCGUAUAAUACUGGGUACACAAGAUACUUUGGUGAGGAAUUCAUUUUCAACAUCCCGAAAUCGGCUGAGGAAGCCGCAAUGGCGGAAGACGGAGAAGUGCUUGACAGUUGGGAAGAUCAAGAAGAUCAGGGCAUAUUGGACAAGCGUUUGGAUGAAAUGAAAGUUAAAGCUCCAAAAACAGCCACUGCCUCAGUUUUGGCAGCUGGCAUGAGAGAAGACACAGCUAGAACCGAGUACCAGCCUCAAGUCCGAAUACUGAAGAGGGACACUGUGUCUCCCAAAACUGUGAAUGCAACUAACAGCAAUCAGGCAGCCAAACCAAUGAAAACUCUGGAACAGCGUGAAGCUGAAUAUGCCCAAGCGAGACUGAGGAUCUUUGGAAGUUUGGAAGAACCAUCAGCUAAUGACGUGGAGGCAGGACAGGGGAGAUGAGAGACCUGCUGGAUUGGUCCAAAAGUUUGAGGUAUCCCCAGCCGACAAUGCCGUGUCUCGUCAGCCGAAAGGACCUGAUGGCACCCCUGGAUUCAAUCUUGAAAGAUAACGUCUUAAGAG